CCUCUCCACUCUCCACUUCCGCACAACACAACACCCACGCGUUACUUUAUCCCGACGUGUGUGUUACACCUCAAAUAUGGCAGAACAAGCAAUCACACAAGGUGCUAUCAGGAGCAUCUUCGAAUCCAGCGGCCCUUCCGUAGAACAUCCGGUGCUGCAAUGCGUGCAGAUAAAGACGAUGGAUCCCAAGGGGGGAGAAGGUGGCAAUGUCCAGCGCUUUCGUGUUGUCCUCAGUGACAUCCGAAAUUUCAUUCAGACCAUGAUCGCGACGUCGGCAAACGACAUAGUUCUUUCUGGAAAGCUCAAGAAGGGCUCCAUUGUUCGGCUUCUGAAGUUCAACCCGCAGCAGGUGAAGGAGAAGAAGAUUCUCAUCAUCAUGGACUUAGAAGUCCUUGACCAGUAUGGCGAACAUGACAAGAUCGGUCAGCCGGAAGCGCUCGAGAUUGUGAAAUCGGAGCCGCAACCCGCCGCCAUCUCCGGGGGCGGUUUCUAUGGCUCGCGACCCGAGCAGCAGCAACAGGCACCGCAGCAACAACAGCGAUCGCUUCCCGUCCAUCAGAACAACCAAGGUACCUCCACGCACCCGCAUCUGUACCCCAUUGAGUCGCUGUCUCCGUAUGCACACAAGUGGACGAUCCGCGCGCGAUGCACACACAAAGGCGAUAUAAAGACAUGGCACAACCAAAAGGGCGAGGGAAAGCUGUUCUCUGUGAAUUUGUUGGACGAUACUGGCGAGAUUCGCGGCACGGGCUUCAACGACGUUUGCGAGCGACUGUACCCAAUCUUCGAGGAAGGCGUGGUGUAUUAUAUCUCUGCGCCGUGCAAGGUGACACUAGCAAAGAAGCAGUUCUCAAACCUACCGAACGACUACGAGCUCCAAUUCGACAGGGACACAGAGGUUGAGAAGGCUGAAGAUCAAGACAACAAGCCCCAAAUUCGGUACAACUUCACGAAAAUUGGGGACCUUAACAACGUGGAGAAGGAUACUACCAUCGACACUAUCGGUGUGUUGAAGGAAGUCGGCGAAGUCAGCACGAUCACGUCCACAAAGACCAACAAGGACUUCAGCAAGCGAGAGCUGACACUAGCUGAUGACAGUCAAACGUCUGUUAGGCUCACAAUAUGGGGUAACUCAGCUCAAUCGUUCGAGGCGCCUCUGGAGUCUAUAAUUGCUUUUAAGGGCGUCAAAGUUAGUGACUUUGGUGGCCGAAGUCUGAGUCUGCUGAGCUCCGGAAACAUGACCAUCGACCCCGAUAUCGAUGAGGCACAUAAGUUGCGUGGAUGGUUCAACGCUGCUGGUCAGAAUGUAACGUUCUCGACCCAUCAAAACAUGGCGUCUGCAGGUGGCGGUCAGAGGAACGAGACUAAGCUCAUCUCUCAGAUCACGGAAGAUGAGAAUUAUCUACAGAUGGACGCGCCCUCAUACUUUAAUCUGAAGGCAUCUGUCGUCUUCAUAAGGAACAGCCCUACGUUUGCGUACCCGGCCUGCUCUACUGAAGGCUGCAACAAGAAGGUCAUCGAAGAGAACAGCGGCGAGUGGUGGUGCGAAAAGUGCCAGAAGAAGUGGCCUGAACCGUUGUUCCGAUAUGUCCUGGGCAUCAACGUCUCUGAUCACACCGGUCAGAUGUGGUUAAGCUGCUUCGACGACACGGCCCGCACAAUCAUGGGCAUGUCGGCCAAUGAUCUCAUGAAGCUUAAGAACGACAGCGAAGAGAAUUCUACCCAAGACUUCAAUACUGCUAUGCAGGAGGGUACAUGCAGGACAUUCAACUUUAGGGUUAAGGCCAGGAUGGAGACGUACAAUGACCAGCCCAAGCCUCGGUACCAGGUGAUGGGGAUCAGCACACUCAACUAUGCCCAGGAAGCCAACAAGCUUGCGCAACUCAUCAAGCAGUACGACAUGGACGGUGACAGCUUGUUUGUAUCAUAGAAGAAUGGGCUGGAUGUGCCGAGGCUGGAGCCGGUCUUGUGUUGCUGCAGUUUUGCCAUGGCGCGAAGUCAUUUGAAAGUCGCGGUAUAUGAAGACGUGCGACAAACGUUGACCAUUCAGCAGUUGACAGGAUUGUAGCUAUAUGACUGUGUUAAUGUCACGUAAAUGCAUUGAAAACGAGCC